CGGGUCUCAUCGGACCACGUUUACUGCCGGCCAUAUAUUCCUAGCUGCCCAAAACUGGCGCCGGCGAUCUCAUCGCCCUCGUAAUCCAGCGAAGGACUACUUUUUCUUCUGUCUUCCCUUUCAGCAAAUCCCUAGAUUUCCUCAAAGCCCUAGAUUUCGAUUCUGAUCGUGUGCCCCUUUCCGCAGCCAAUCGGGUGACCGCGAUCAGGGGGUUUCGAAAUGGAAAGUGGAGUGAGGCGAUGGCUGGUCAACGUCUCCCUUUGGAACCCUUCCGUGGACCAGUUUGCUUCGGUUGUUUCUCUUCUUCCGGAAGAUGAGCAGAGAACCAUCACCAAGUCACUAUUGUUUCAGACUUCGUUAUUGCUACUUUUUCUUCAGUUCUAGUUAUUCUUUAGGGCACAAUUUUCUUCCAAGUAGAUUACUUUUUCUUACUAUGGAUCAAGAAAACUCCAAAACCUGUUCUUUUCUUUUAAUCUAUUCUUUCAGUGGAUUAAUCCUGUGAUAGUUUUUGCCUGUUAGCCUUUGUGUUUUUAUACAACAACAGCAGCAACAAGAAGAAGCUGCAAAUAUUAUGCUGCACAGUUGACCACAUAUAGCUUUAACUGAUGACAAAGUAUUGCAUUUUCAUCAUGAUUAUGUACUACUUUGAUACUCGAUAUCGGUUCCAACCUUUCAAACUUGUUAAAGCUUCAUGCCUUCUCAUGGAGGUCCUAACAGAAAGGUACAUGAAGUUUGAUGAUAGAAAACGAGCUCUUGUAAGUCGACUACUUCAAUACUCAAUUGUGCAUGAAGUUUUAGGUAUACCUUAUGACAAGAUAAUUAUACAUCGGACACUUGAGGGCAAACCGUAUCUGAUUAAUGGCAUAGGUUCUCCAUUUUCAAAUUUCAACUUCAAUGUGUCACAUCAUGGAGAUUACGUGGGCAUAGCAUCUGAUCCUCUCUGUCUUGUUGGUCUGGAUAUCGUUUCCAUUAUGAUACCAGAACAAACAACAGAACAUGAGUUCAUGAGUAAUUUUUCAUCAUAUUUAACUGCAUUAGAGUGGAAGAACAUUGCAAAGACUGGUACUUCAGAAGUAAAGUUGCGUGAGUUCUACAGAUACUGGUGUCUAAAGGAGGCAUUCGUCAAAGCUACUGGUGCUGGCUUGGGCUUUGGUUUUCACAGGCUGGAAUUUCACCACAAAAACUGGACUGAUAUAUCAGUUUAUAUUGAUGGAAUUGAAUCAAGGGAAUGGAAGUUUUCACUUUACAAGAUUGACGAACGGCACUGGGCAUCCAUUGCCAGAGGACUUGCUAACGGAGCCGACGAACAAUUUGAUGCUAGUUUACCUGUCACGGAGGUUGGGUUCAUUCAAAGAACAGUCGACCAACUCAUUCAGAGUCGUAGCCAUGGAGCUCAACAAAAUAGUUGCUAAAUGACGUAACGGUAAAAUUAUUGUAACCUUGUGAUCACAAAUUUGAGUCAUGCAAAUAACCUCUUGUAAUAUAUAAUAACACUAUAUAUAACAGAGCAACCCUUCAAACUCUUCA